AUGCCUGUUUAUGUCACCAACUUAGGCAAAACUAACCCGAUCAUCCUCGGCAUCCCGUGGCUGAAACUCCACAACCCGACAUGCUUCUGGACAGAGAUGCGCCUGGUAUUUAACUCACCUCACUGUCGACAUCACUGCCUACCAUGGGACCUCCCCGCCGGCGGCUGCGAGGCCCCACGCGCAGAACCACCCGAGCGCUUCACGAAACCUAUAUUGCCAUGCCGCAAAGCCACCACUGAGGACCAGCCAAGGAGAACACCUCCCCCGACCCCCACGACCUCCUACAGAAAGACCACUGUCGAGGACGUGCCAGACGAAGAGUUCACUACGAAACGUGCCCACCCCGACGGAGACGAACUCCUUAUACAAGUAACGCCAAAGCCAGCUGGGCCUGCAAAACGGAACGUUUCACCCUCACCCGUCGUCCUCAGUGCAGGCAGUAGGCGCCCAACGCAACGCCGACGACCCACACCCAUUCUGAAGACAGCAGGACGCCCUAGAAACAUGAAGCUCGACACAAACGACAUCCGAUGCGUCCAGGCAAUGAACUUUUUGCAAUUUUGUAAGCAAGAAGGCUCCUUCGCCACAACCACAACUCUCGCCGAGCUCCGUCAGCUCGUCGAGGACGAGGAGAACCUUGACAUGUUACAAGAGCUUCCACGGGGCUUUGUUGAGAUCCCUCAACUCAAAGAAACCUCUUUCAGGCGGAUCAUGACCGGGGACUACACGUUAGAAGAUGCCAAACGGGUGUUCGACCCGUACUUCCACGACUUCCUACAGACAAACCUCGACGAGACAGCCCGCACUGAAACACUACGGCGUAAAAUAAUGCCGUCCGAUAUCGACAAGUUCCUAGCGGAGAAGCCCCGGCCAACAGCCGAAGAUAUCAAGAGCCGCCUACCGGCGGAGUUUCACCACCAUGUGGAGCAUUUCCUGCCAAAGAACGCAGAGACACUACCACCACACCGGCACUGGGACCACAAGAUUGAACUCGUGCCAGGAAAGCAGGCCCCGUACUCUAAAAACCGCCCGUUCUCCCCUGAGGAACUCCGUUGCAUCAAGAAAUGGAUUGAUGAGAAUUUAGCCAAGGGCUGGAUUAGAGCGUCUUCCUCACCUGCAGCGGCGCCACUCCUGCUCGCCGCCAAGCCCGGAGGUGGGAUCCGGAUUUGCCAGGACUACCGCGGACUCAACGCGGUCACCAUCAAGAACAGAUACCCGUUGCCACUCAUCCGGGAAACCCUCGACUCUCUCUGCAACGCCAAGUUCUACACCAAACUGGACGUUAUAGCAGCGUUCAACCGCGUGCGUGUCGCCCAAGGACACGAGUGGAUGACGGCCUUCAUCACCCGUUUCGGCCUUUACGAGAGCCUGGUCACCCCCUUCGGACUUUGCAAUGCGCCUGCCACAUUCCAGAAUUACAUCAACCACCUUCUCCAUGACGCACUGGAUGUUUACUGCACAGCUUAUCUGGAUGACGUCCUGGUAUAUAGUCGGACCCGGAAGGAACACACAACCCAUGUCAACGAAGUUAUUCGGAGACUGGGUGAGGCCGGCCUCCAGAUAGAUAUCGGCAAGUCGGAAUUCUACACCCAGAAGACUAAAUACCUCGGCCUGAUCAUCUCCACAAGCGGCCUCAGCAUGGACCCCGAGAAGGUCAAAGCCAUCGUAGACUGGCAAGACCCCACGUCUGUCAAAGAACUUCAACAAUUUCUCGGUUUUGCAAACUUCUACCGCCGGUUCAUCCAGGGAUACUCGGGAAUCAUCGAACCUCUGACCCGGCUCUUGAGAAAGGAAACCGCUUGGUCCUGGACAUCCGAUCAACGCCAGUCCUUCGAGGAACUCAAGAACGCCUUCACAAAAGCCCCAAUUCUCGCCUACUUCGACUACUCCAAACGCACCGUUGUCGAGACCGACGCCUCCAACUGGGCGUCCGGCGGUGUGCUCUCACAGUACGAUGAUAACGGUAAACUGAGGCCGGUCGCGUUCUUCUCCGCGAAGCAUAGCUCCGCCGAAUGCAAUUACGAGAUUUACGACAAGGAACUUCUUGCGAUUGUCAAGGCCCUGGAGGAAUGGCGCCCGGAGCUCUAUGGAACGAGGGAAUCUUUCGAAAUCUACACAGACCACAAGAACCUACAGACCUUCAUGACCACGAAACAACUGAACCAACGCCAAGUCCGUUGGGCAGAAUUCCUGUCCCAAUUCAACUUCCAGAUCACGUACCGGCCUGGAUCAAAAGCUACAUUACCUGACGCCUUGAGCAGGCUCCCCGGCUCCCAACCCGCUGGAAUGGAUGAUGAACGACUUCAGUAUCGAAAAAGGACUGUUUUACCAGCAGAGAAAGUACACCCGACCAUACUCGAGCAGCUGCUCGACGACGCCCGAGAAAACAACGACUCCGACCUCGUAGCAACACUGACCGCUGAGCCCGAUAACAUUGCCUUGAUCGACCUGAUCCGUGAGGGCUACGACAACGACAGCACUGCUCAGGCGAUGGUAACCGCCUUGCAAACACCCGGUGCACGACGAUGGCCAAAAGCUCUACGCCGAGCCCUCCGCUGUGAUAAAUCCGAGUGCAAGAUUAUCGACGGCUUAAUCUACUUCAGAGGCCGCCUCUUCGUCCCGGAUCACACAGGCCUGCGGCUCGCAGUCGCCCACCGAACGCACUCUUCUGGCCCAGCCGGCCACCCUGGCCGCGUCAAGACUAUCGACUUGCUCAACCGGAGUUACUGGUGGCCCGGCCUUUCCCGCUUCGCGGCAGAUUUUGUCAAAGGAUGCGCGCUAUGUUUCAGGACGAAGACACCCCGGUCCGCACCACCCGGUUUCCUAAAACCGUUGGAAGUCCCCCUCCGAGCGUGGGCGGACAUAUCUAUGGACCACAUCGUCGACCUACCCGAGUGCACCAGGAACGGCAAAACCUACAGGCACAUCCUUGUAGUAGUGGACAGACUAACCAAGAUGCGACACCUUAUCCCGGUAACAGGGCUAGACACCGACGAAGUUGUAGACAGCUUCUUGCAUCACGUCUUUAAGCUCCACGGCGCACCGGACUCGAUCAUCUCCGACAGGGGCUCCGCAUUUGUCUCCGGGGUAUGGCAACGACUCAGUGCACGCCUGAAGACAACACUACACCCGAGCUCAGCCUUCCAUCCAGAAACCGACGGCCAAACGGAGAUCGUCAACGCAAGCGUGCAUAAAUUCCUCCGAGCCUUUGUCAGCUUCACCCAAGACGACUGGGUAGACUGGCUACCGCUAGCAGAAUUUUCAAUGAAUAACCAGGUCAACGAGACAACCGGCAUCUCUCCGUUCUUCGCCAACUACGGUUUUAACCCCCGACUAGGGGUUGAGCCACCGCAGCCGCGGCCGCCUAACCUCUCCGACCAUAUGAAGAAGGAGUACCUCCGUGCAGACGCUGUCGCAUUGCGUUUCGAGCGAAUCCUGACUCAAUUGACGGCCUUAACCAGACAAUCCCAGCAACGGUACGAGGACAACGCCAACGCCCGUAGGGACGAAGCACCAACAUUCCGCCCAGGUGACCAAGUCAUGGUCAGCCUUGAACACAUGGCAACGAACCGGCCGAAGAAGAAAUGGGACGACAAAUGGGACGGACCGUUCCCUGUGCUGAAGGUGUAUAAGGGCGCCGUCGUCGUGGACCUCCCGGACAACAUCAAGGUCGAUAAGAGCUUCCAUACCUCCAAAGUUCGCUUAUACGAGGCCCCCUCCAUUCAAGGACAAGACGAGCUCAACGCGGCGGAGCGGCGUAACGUCAAAGGAAGGAUUGCUAAACGGGACGACGAUGGGAUUAUCCAAGACGAGUGGCAAUUCGAGAAGAUCCUAGACGUACACGACGAGGACAAGGAGACAUCCGGACUUACCUACCUUGUUAAAUGGAAGCACUACGAUGAGCCUACAUGGCAACCCGAGCAAGACUUGAAAGGCUGCAAGGACGUUCUGAAACUCUUCCAUGACAAAUACCCAGAGAAGCCCGGGCCGCCUAACUGGGUAAAGGACAAGCGACCCCGCGGAAGGCCUAGGAAGAAGCAGCAGGAUCUCCUCUCCGUUAGCGUCCCCUUGCGAGAGCUUCCUCUCUCCUCAUCGCACAACUCAGUCAUUAGCCAGAACCUGACCCUGUCCCGCGACUCCCCUGACCUCGCCCCGUGA